AUGAAUCAACUUAGAUUUACAUACACGCAUGCAUGCAUCCGCCUGCGUAGGUGGGGGCCCUCUCGAGUUCGUUGUUUAUCUUCAUUUAAAAUAAGAGAGUUUCACUUGAAAGAUAAAGAAGAAAGAAGUCAAACAACGGCUUCAGGAAUUCAAGAAGAAGAGCCAAAGCUCCUCCAUCACGCGACAUACCUCCAGCAGCAAGCAGAGAAGAGAGGAGAAGCAACAACAGCAAAUGCUGCAUGUGUUAUGCCUGAUGCGGGGUAUGCUGCUAAGGAUGCUGAUGACUUAGAUGUUGCUGCUGCUGCUGCAGCAGCAGAAGCAGCAGAUUGGGUGUACGAAGCAAAGCCUGGAGGCCCUCUCCACUUCCGCGAGCACCAACGGCUGAUGUUGCUCGCUAAUGCUGUUGCAGCAGACGCUGCUGCAGCAGACGCUGCAGCAGCAGCAGAUGAAGAGCAGCAUAGAAGUUGGGUGCUGCCUAUGGCACGCUUUGCUUCUGCAUCGCAGCGACAGAAGCAGCAGGAAUGUAGGAAGGGGAGUUUGGUGCAGCAGCAGUGCAUGCAGGCAGCAGCAACCUUUGGAACUGCUGCUGAGCGUGCUCGGGUGUACAGACACCUCAAAAACCCUGGGGUAGAGGGGGCCCUCUUUUAUCGUGCAGAGUUGAAGGCAUAUUUAUUAUUUCUUUCUUCGCAUCUUCCUUCUCUUGAACUCAGAGAACUCCUCAGAGGAUAUCUUACAGCGUCAAUACACCACAUGGAUGAACAGCAAUUGCUAGAGAUGCUGCAUUUGCUGCAGGCACCCACAAAGCACCAGCACCAACUGCAGCAGCAGAAGCAGCAGCAGCAACAGCAGCAGCAGCAGCAGCGAGAGAAUACAAAAAUAGGAAACGAGACCUUCACAGCUGCAGGCGGCGAUGAAAGUUGCUGCUGGGGCUUUAAAAGAGUGAACAGCAGCAGCAGCAGCAGCAGCAGCACAACAACCAACAGCAGCAGCAGCGCAAGCAACACCAGCAGCAGCAGCAGCAGCAGCAGCAGCAGGUGCUGCUGCUGCGAUGAAGGGAAAGGGGCUAGUCUGGAGCAUUUGCUGUCGGGUCGCAGUGCAUGCGUGCCUUACCAGCAGCACCAGCAGCAGCACCAACCGCAGCAACAGCAAAAGCAACAGCAACAGCAACAGCAACAGCAGCACCAGCAGCAGCACCAACAGCAGCAAUACGCAACAGCCUGCAGGCAGCCCUGUAUUUUUUGUUAA